CCUUGCUUUUCUUAUUACAUUUAUGCGCCCGAUUCAUUAUAUUCUUACCUUCUUCAUCGUCCUGUGCGCUAUCUCCUUUGUGAAUGCGAGCAAUGAUUUAGAAAGAAAGCAUAUUAUAACACGCUCUAUUCUCUCAGAUUCUUCUUCAUCUUCAAAGACUACAUCAAAAACCGAGCCAAUUUUUGCUCUGGUGGUCGUCAUAGCUCUUGGGUCACUGAUGUUUUAAAUGACGCUCUUAAGUCUGUUGCAGAUCCCCCUCAUAGACACCCGUAAACAGAUAAGCAAGAACCAAGUAACUGUACAUAGCUUAAUUCAUCACAUACACAUAUACAUUAUAUCCACACUUAUACAUGCACGCACGCGCAUGUAUGCAUACAUAUACACACAUAUAUAACACUGGCUGUGGAAAGAGAGAAAGUUGUCACUUUAUUUAAAUAUAUAUAAUAAAUUAAAAAGUUGCAAUGUUUUCAUAUCACCUGUUACCAUA